UGCGGGCUCCCAGGGAAGGGGAGGAGCUCUCACUGGCUCAGAUGCCAUCGUCACCACGGCAACACGGCCAUACUGGGCCCAACGGACUGUGGGGCCUGGGGCUGUGACCCUGGUGGCCUCGUGGACAGAGCCGGCAGCAUGGAUAGCCUCUUUGUGGAGGAGGUGGCUGCCUCCCUGGUUAGGGAGUUCCUCAGCAGAAAGGGUCUAAAGAAGACAUGUGUGACCAUGGACCAGGAACGCCCCCGCUCUAACCUCAGCAUAAACAGCAGAACUGAUCUCCGAAAGGUUUUACAUCUUGAGCUUCUCUACAGGGAGAAUAAGGCAAAAGAAAAUCCUCUAAAAACAAGCCUUGAACUCAUCACUAGAUACUUUUUGGAUAACUCUGGAAAUGUGGAUAAAAAUUUAAACCAUGAAACUUCAAUCCCUGCACUCUCAGUUCCAAAGAAAACUAACAAAUUGCCAGUGAAAUGUUCAGAGACCACGCUGGUGAAUAUAUAUGACCUUUCAGAUGAAGAUGCAGGAUGGAAAACGUUACUGGCAGAAACGAGCAAGACCAGACAAGACAGUCUUGAUGGGGAUAUAAAUUUGUCAUGCAAAAGUCCCCCACACAAGAGUAAACCUGUGCACAUGGUAUCAGAUGAAAGCACCCCUUUGGCAUCUGCGUGGGCGAAGAUGGACAAGCUUCACUUGCUGGAUCCUUGCACUGAUGUGAAGAGGACAGGAGAGAAGACCAGGCCCAAGUCUGGCCUGAUUGUCCGAGGCAUGAUGACUGGACCUACGGCCAGUUCCUCACAGGUUUCUUUCUCCAAACGCUCUCUGAGACGGUCUCUGACCUUAAACAGCAAAACAGAACCCCAGGAGGAGGACAGCCGCAUGGUGCCUGACCUCUCAGGUGGCACCCAAGCACAUCUAGCCCCUCAGGAGGUCCCUGCUUCCAACAGUGGCUCCAUCUCCAGGAACCCCCUGAGCCAGCUUAGAGAACCACCCAAGGAAAAGCCAACAACCACCCCAGACAGCUCUUCCCACCUGUCCAGCAAAGGGCUGUCCCCACGAGACAGAGCGCCAUCCAGAGGUCUUUCAGAGAACGAGCCAGUGGUGGAUGGCCACACCGAGGCUGAGAAGAUGCCCUCAAAAUUGUACUUGCCUGGCGGGAAUCCCAGGUUGACCCAGGAGAGACUGGAAAGAGCAUUCAAACGUCAGGGCAGCCAGCCCUCGCCUCUCAGGAGUCCUCCAGGCAGAGAGCGAAGCCUGCUAGAUAACCCUGCAAUGGAUGCCGGGAAGAGUCAGUUGCCAGCGUCCAGCAAGGUGGAUGAUGAGCUGGAUGCCCUUCAGCUUGAGGACGUGGAGGAUGAGUUGAUAAGGGAAGACGUCAUCCUGGCCCCAGCCCCAUCAAUGCUCAAGCUGCAGAUAGUGUCAAAGCCCAUUGACCUCUCAGCAGCCAAGGAAAUCAAGACACUUCUGUUUGGUUCUACCUAUUGCUGCUUCAAUGAGGAAUGGAAACGUCAGAGCUUUUCCUUUAGUGACACAGCCUCCUUAAGAUAUGGCAUCGUUCAGAACAAGGGUGGCCCCUGUGGGGUGCUGGCGGCCGUCCAAAGUUGUGUGCUGCAGAAGCUCCUGUUUGGAGGGGAGAGUGGAGCCGACCGUGCUGUGCAGCUGCAGCCUUCAGAUGCUCUUCGCACCCGCUGCCUGGCCCUGGCCAUCGCAGAUAUCCUCUGGCGGGCUGGGAGGCGAAAGCGAGCUGUGAUCACCCUGGCUUCUGGAGAACAGCAGUUCAGCCCAACGGGGAAAUACAAAGCAGAUGGAGUCUUAGAAACACUCAUGCUCCACAGUGUAUCCUGCUAUGAGGAGCUGGUGACUUUUCUCCAACAUACUGUGCAUCAGUUUGAAGUGGGCCCCUACGGAUGCAUCCUGCUCACCCUGUCUGCCAUCCUGUCCAGGUCCUGGGAGCUGAUCCGCCAGGACUUCGAUGUCCCCACUAGCCACCUGAUUGGAGCACAUGGAUACUGCACACAGGAACUUGUCAAUCUGCUGCUGACCGGGAGAGCCGUAUCUAAUGUUUUCAACGACGUGGUGGAGCUGGAUUCUGGGAAUGGAAACAUCACACUCCUCCGAGGCAUUGCUGCCCGCAGUGACAUUGGCUUCUUAUCUCUCUUUGAGCACUACAAUGUAUGCCAGGUUGGCUGCUUCCUGAAGACCCCGAGGUACCCCAUCUGGGUGGUAUGCAGUGAGAGCCACUUCAGCGUCCUCUUCAGCCUGCAGCCUGAGCUCCUGUCUGACUGGAGGGCCGAGCGGCUCUUCGACCUGUACUACUAUGAUGGCCUGGCCAACCAGCAGGAGCAGAUCCGACUGACCAUCGACACCACACAGACCGUCCCUGAGGACAGCAGCGAGGGCCUUGUGCCUCCUCUGGAGCUCUGCAUCAGAACCAAGUGGAAGGGGGCUUCUGUGGACUGGAAUGGCUCAGAUCCCAUCCUGUGACCCUGGAUGCAGCUAAGGUUAUGGCUCUGCUGCUCAUCCCUGGGGUGACCCUUGAACCUCAGGCCUUUGGGAGAAGUCUCUAAGAAGAUGUCACCCUUACCUCCACAUCUCUAAGAAGAUGUCACUGCAACAAAUGAGCAGAACCUCCCUGCUCCUCCCAUGUAAGGCCACCACGGCUGAGCAGGGGUCCUGAGUGCAGUUGCAUUGCCUUUCCAUUGACCCUGACUGCCAAGGAUGGGAAGGAGGCCACCAGGACUCUUCUACUUCGUUUGCAUCCCUCGUUUGUUCCCUGUCCCAACCUAGGUCUCUGAUAUGGUUGACCCUAGAGACCCAAGGCACUGGGUAUUUCUAGUAGUCCAUUUUCUAUAAAGCAAGAGUAAAACUUA